CCAUUAGCAAAGAUGAAGUACAUCCUACCCACCCUAAGUCUUGUUGCCACUGCUGCAGCCCAUGGAUAUGUUGACACUGCAACUAUUGGCGGUAAACAAUACACCUUCUACCAGCCGUACCAAGACCCAUACAUGAACCCAAAGGUCCAACGUGUAUCCCGUGAAAUCCAGGGCAACGGCCCUGUUGAAGACGUGACUCUCGCCGACGUUCAAUGUGGUGGCUACACGGCAGGAGGAGUCUCAGGCUCCAAACCAGCAGCCCUCCAUGCCGAUGCUGCUGCGGGAUCCGAAGUCACGCUCAACUGGACGCUCUGGCCUGACAGCCAUGUCGGACCUUUGAUCACAUAUAUGGCUCGGUGCCCCGAUACCGGAUGCAACGACUACAUGCCUGGAACUGCUGCUGUAUGGUUCAAGAUCCAUGAAGAAGGUCGCUCCGGCACUUCCAACAACUGGGCUUCCAACGCCAUCAUGAAAUCCCCCUCGGUGGCCAAAUACACGAUCCCAGCGUGCUUGAAGCCUGGUUACUACCUCGUUCGCCACGAGACCAUUGCUCUGCACUCGGCGUACUCAUACCCUGGCGCGCAGUUCUAUCCCGGCUGCCACCAGCUUAAGGUGUCUGGGUCUGGAAGCACUACACCUAGCAGUGGCUUGGUUGCAUUCCCGGGCGCUUACAAAGCGAAUGAUCCUGGAGUUACAUACGAUGCUUACAAAGCUCAAACCUAUACGAUCCCUGGACCGAAAGUGUUUACUUGCUGA